AUGGAGAACCAUAAAUGCAAGCUAUGUUCAAAGAAAUUCUUAAAUGGAAAAGCUUUAGGUGGUCAUAUGAGGUCUCAUUUAAUACCUCUACCACUCCCACCUAAGACUCCGCCGUUAAAUCAAGAUUCCGGCGGCCGGAGUGAGUCAACUUUAUCACUCUGUUCAUCGGAUUUUAAUUAUGGGUUGAGGGAAAACCCGAAGAAAAGCUUCAGAAUGAUAGAUCUAAGAGACAGAGAAAGUGAGACUGAGUCGGAAAAAAACGCAGAAAAUCGGAGAAGAUCUAAGAGGAAUCGAAGAAUGGUUGAAAAUGAUGAAAGAAUCGAAGAAGUGAAGGUGAAAAUUGCUGAUUUCAGAUCGUUGAAUUUGUAUUCAGAUGAUGCAGACAUUGCUAUGUGUUUAAUGAUGCUUUCAAGAGAUUCAAAAUCGAAGCCAAAACAACACCAAUGUGGGAUUUGUUACAAAGUGUUCAAAACUUCUCAAGCUUUAGGUAGUCAUAAAACUAUUCACAAAAACAGAAACAACUAUGAUAAUGAUGAAGAGAAAGCGCGAAAAAUAUCUUCGAAGAGAAAACUAAAACUAGUUAGUCAGGUGGAUGAGAAAUUGCAUGAAUGUCCAUUUUGUGGGAAGUUUUUUCAGUCAGGUCAAGCAUUAGGUGGACAUAAAAGAUCACAUCUUGUUGUUAUGAGUUCAUCAACAAUAACAGGUUCUUGUUCAUCAACAAAUUCAGCUAAUUUACCAAAUAGGCUCAUAGAUCUUAACAUGCCAGCACCACUUGAAGUCAAUGAAUUUUGCCAACCAGAUUAA